CGUGGAAGGGGCAGGGAAGCUAUGUCCCUGGGUCCCGCCUGAUGUGGCGGUGGGAGAAGCUCCUCGAGCUGUGGGUUCGAGUGAGGGUUGAUGUGUUAUGUGUGUGAUGUGAGGCUACGGGCGUGGCCUCGAGCUCAGAGUUGGGGGUUUGCAGCCGCCCCUGUGUGCCGGCUCACAGUAUGCUCUAUCCUUGACCAGAGUUUUGAAUCUAGUUUAAAGGCGGCGCAAGCAGGACACCCACACUUGACGCUUACCUUUGAAAAACUGCAGCAUAAGCUGCCCUCAAAGAGAUCUAGGAGCGUCCCGAAGUGCAAACUUUUUUAAAAUUUCAUUUAUUUUGAAGGAGGGGGUGCUGUCACGGCGUGCGGUGGAGGUCAGGACAACUUUGCGGGACUCAGUUCCACCAUACAGUCUCUCUGUAUCCUUGACUAGCCCAGAACUUACUAUGUAGACCACAUUGAUCUUGAAUUCAUGGACAUCUGUCUGCUUCUUCACAAGUGCUGGGAUUAAAGGCAUGUGCCAUCAAACCCCACUUUCUCUUGAAGUGACUCUUCCUGUUCUUGCACCGUCUGACUGAAGUAGGACAGGGUCACGGUCUGAGGACUGACAGAUUCUAAACCCAGGCUUUCCAGGCUCCCAGAAAGCCACGAGACUCCACAUGGAACUGAGGGCCCCAUCCCCAGCUGCCAUAUCCUCAAUGGAGAGAAAGUUCCAUGUUCUUGUGGGUGUCACUGGAAGUGUCGCUGCCCUGAAGCUGCCUCUUCUGGUGUCAAAGCUUUUGGACAUUCCUGGGCUGGAAGUCACAGUGGUAACAACUGAGAGAGCCAAACAUUUCUAUAGCCCUCAGGAUGUUCCUGUCACCCUCUACAGUGAUGCUGAUGAAUGGGAGACGUGGAAGCACCGCUCUGACCCAGUUCUCCACAUUGACCUGCGAAGGUGGGCUGACCUCAUGCUAGUGGCUCCCCUUGAUGCCAACACUCUGGGGAAGGUGGCCAGUGGCAUCUGUGACAACUUACUUACCUGUGUCAUCCGGGCCUGGGACCUCAGCAAGCCCCUACUCUUCUGCCCUGCCAUGAACACUGCCAUGUGGAAGCAUCCUCUCACUGCACAGCAGGUGGGCCAGCUCAAGGCCUUCGGCUAUGUGGAGAUUCCCUGUGUGAGCAAAAAGCUGGUGUGUGGAGACCAAGGUCUAGGAGCCAUGGCUGAGGUGGAGACCAUUGUGGAUAAAGUGAAAGAAGUGUUCCUCCAGCGUGGUGGCUUCCAGCGGAGUUGAACUGGGAUUUUGUCAUGUGUCCCUGCACCUAGUGAGUUCAACCUGAGCCCUUGAAGAGGGACAUCAGCACAGUAUGAAGAGCCUGUGCUUGCUGAGGAGGGGCUGGCUAGCACCUUCUCAGAGCUUCCCUGGGCUCUAACCAUCUUCAAGUUAAACGACUACAGACCCAAGGCCUGCUUUCCAGAGGCCCUCCCAUUUCUUCCUGGGAUAGGCCCAGCAAACUAGGCAAACGGUCUACUGCUAGAAGGAUAAUUGAAUGACUGAGGGACCUUCUGCCUGGAAAUUGCUUAUAGAAACACCAUGGCUGAAGCUGGGUGUGGUGGCUCACGUCUGUAAUCUGAACACUCAGAAGGCGGAGGUAAGAUUGCCACAACUUUGAAGUUGACUUGGGCUACAUAGUGAGCCAGGCCUGUGAGUGUGACAGCCUAUUUCAAAACAAAAGCAACAAGAAGAGACAUAGCUCAACAUCCCUGACCCAGCAGGCUCCUGAUCAGGCAGGCCUUGGAAGCUUCCAGGUGUCACACAAAGUCAAGAAGUCUGUGAGGUGGCAAGACGUCACAUUUCCCACAGACUGCUGAGAGUUGGGGCACGGAUGGCCCUGGGAAAUAAAGAAGAGUGACCUUU